AUGAGUUUGAGGAUCUUCUCGCUCGAGGAGGAUUUCUUCGAGCUGCGGGGUUUGUCGCUCGAGGAAGAUUUUCUCGAGCGGCGUGGUGCGGACGGAGGGGGGCUCUCGUCCUUUCUUGGCGGAGGGGAUCGUUGCGGCGAAGUAGAUCUUCGCGGCGAGACGGAUCUCUGUGGCGAGACAGAUUUUCCUUGUAGGGAGCAGGCUUGUCCCUGCCUUCAGCGGGUAGCGACUUGUCUAUCGUGCUUGUCAAUCCUCCAAGUGAUUGGAUUGGGCUUUGUGACUUUACUAAUGAUGACGGGCUCAAGAAAAUGUGCUAAUUUCUCCUCUAACAGGAUCCAUAAUCUCGUUGAAGUCCCAUUGACCAUUUGA